CCGGGACAUUGGGAAGGGGUCACCCCGAGGCCUCUUGGGGAUGGGGGCUGCACCUCGUCUGAGCGCCCCUCGGGUGUUGGCACUCUGGGCCGCACUGGGAGCGGCAGCUCACAUCGGACCCGCACCUGACCCAGAGGACUGGUGGAGCUACAAGGAUAAUCUCCAGGGAAACUUCGUGCCAGGACCUCCCUUCUGGGGCCUGGUGAACGCAGCCUGGAGUCUCUGUGCCGUGGGGAAGCGUCAGAGCCCCGUGGAUGUGGAGCUGAAGAGGGUCCUCUAUGACCCCUUUCUGCCCCCUCUGAGACUCAGCACCGGGGGAGAGAAGCUCCGUGGAACUCUGUACAACACCGGUCGCCAUGUCUCCUUCCUGCCUGCACCCAGGCCUGUGGUUAAUGUGUCUGGGGGGCCCCUCCUUUAUAGCCACCGACUCAGUGAACUGCGGCUGCUAUUUGGAGCACGUGAUGGAGCUGGCUCUGAACACCAGAUCAACCAUCAGGGUUUCUCUGCUGAGGUGCAGCUCAUCCACUUCAACCAAGAACUCUAUGGGAACCUCAGUGCCGCCACCCGGGGCCCCAAUGGCCUGGCCAUUCUCAGCCUCUUUGUCAAUGUGGCUGGUAGCUCAAACCCGUUCCUCAGCCGCCUCCUUAACCGUGACACCAUCACCCGCAUCUCCUAUAAGAAUGAUGCCUACUUUCUUCAAGACCUGAGCCUGGAGCUUCUGUUCCCCGAGUCCUUUGGCUUCAUCACCUAUCAGGGCUCUCUCAGCACCCCACCCUGCUCGGAGACUGUUACCUGGAUCCUCAUUGACAGGGCCCUCAAUAUCACCUCCCUCCAGAUGCAUUCCCUGAGACUUCUGAGCCAGAAUCCUCCGUCCCAGAUCUUCCAGAGCCUCAGCGGUAACGGCCGGCCCCUGCAGCCCUUGGCCCACAGGGCCUUGAGGGGCAACAGGGACCCCCGGCACCCCGAGAGGCGCUGCCGAGGCCCCAACUACCGCCUGCAUGUGGAUGGUGUCCCCCAUGGUCUCUGAGACUCCCCAUCGAGGACUGCGCCUGCCUUUCCCAAGCCUCCCCACGAGGGGAGGGGAGUCACCCCCAAAACAAAGCUAUUAAAGGGACAGAAUACUUCCU